UCCAGCGCUGGCCGCGGACCGUGCCGGGAGGUGGCGCGCGGCGCCGGGAAUGCACCAUCACCAUGCCGCGCCUGGGCUCGUGGCUCGGAGAGGUGCAGUGGCUGGUCUUGGUGUCUCUCUUCGUCGUGGCCCUGGGCACGGUGGGCCUGUACCUGGCGCAGUGGGCGCUGGCCCGGGCGCGACCCCGGACCCCGCGGCGAGCCGAGGAGCCCGCUGCGGGGCGCCGCCCUGAGUCCGAUGCUUUGCUCGCCUGGAUCCUGACGCUGCACGGCUGGCGGAGCCAGUGGCAGGCCGCCUGGGUGACCGCCCUGAACCAGGAGGCCCGGCGCAAGGGGGGCCCUCUGCGCCUCUCCUUCCUGGAGGACCCCCUGCAGCAGCCCCUGCAGCUGGCCGUGCAGCGUGUGUCCAGCGCAGCCAGGUCGGCCCAAGAGAAGGCAGGUGCGUCCUCGCCACGGGACCUGCUGGGGGCCCGAGGUGCCCAGGGCCAGCGGGCGGCGGUGGCCACUGCCUCACACCCACAGGCCGGCUCGGAGCGCUCGCGCCCCGCGGCCUUCCUGGGGGCCCAGGGACGAAGCCAGCGUGCGGACGCCGCCUCCCUGUGGGCUGGCCCCGGCGCCGGCCCGCCUCUCCGGAAGCUCGGCGCACAGCGCGCCGAGACCAGGGCCAACCGGUGCCUCUGUUCAAUUUCAGGCAGCUCUAACCCUCUGUGCACAGUUCGGCUGAACGAGCCCGAGCAGAAGUUCUCCAGCGCCCUCCUGAGAGACACGGCCGACCUCAUUUGGGACGAGGAGUUCAGCUUCGAUCUGAACGCCAAGUCCAAGGAGCUGAGACUGCAGGUCGCAGCGGCUGGGGGCGCCUCGGAAGCGCUGCUGGCGACGGCGACCGUCCCUCUGGACUUGUUUCGGAAGCAGCCGGCGGGGCGGCAGAGCUUCACGCUGACCAGCGGGGCCUCGCUGGACCGCUCGGUGUUGGGCUGGGUCUCCGCGGAGUUUUCUUACACAGAACCCGGUGAGGCCAAGUCCCGGCAAACCCCCCCGCCUGUGCCUGCCACAAAGAUAGAAAAGGACCGCACCGUGAUGCCCUGUGGCACCGUGGUCACCACCGUGACGGCCGUGAAGACCAAGCCCCGCUUCGACGCCGGGAGGGCAUCCCCGCUGGGCUCGGAGUCUCCCCUGAGGACGCCCGUCAAGGUGCAGGUGAUCGAGAAGGACAUCUCGGUGCGCGCUGUCGCCUGCCGCGGCGCCCCGGUCAGCAAGACGCUGUCCUCUUCCGAUACAGAGCUGCUGGUGUUGAACGGCUCCGACCCCGUGGCCGAAGCGGCCAUCCGGCAGCUCAGCGAGUCUUCCAAGAUGAAGCUCAAGUCCCCGCGGAAGAAGAGCACCAUCAUCAUCUCGGGGAUCUCCAAGGUGUGGCCAGCGGGGUGCUGCCUCGCCCCCCCCGGCCCCCCGCAAGGGGGACUCAGUCUGAGCCCUUGGUCAGCAUCCAGGAGGUUCCACUCACAAGUGUCCUGUUUCACGCUUCACCCGGUGGGGGUUAUGGAGGGGGUGUCUGGCCAGGGAGGCUGUGCGUGCUGAGAGGCGGGCAGCUCACGUGCUUGGGGUGGCCGGCGGGCAGGAGGGCAGCGGGUGACCUCCGUUCCUAUCCUCCGCCCCCAGCCCGUCUCCACUGGUCGCAGCCAGGGCUUGGCCUUCACCCAGGCAGAGAGCGAGGGGGCGUGUCCAGCAGGUGGCCGCUGUGGGCUCUCCUCAGGCUGGGACACCCAGGGCGAGGGCCGCACAUGGCCCUUACUGUGAACAUUCCGGGGCUCACAGGCAAACGUGAGGGGGAGGCCGUUGGGGGUGGCGGCGGGUGUGGGGGACAGCCUGGGC